UCCCUUUGACACUCGGGCCUGUGUUCGAAGCCUCCCCCAGUGUCGCGCCGGUGAAGACGAUGGUGUCCAUGGCGAUAUUCGAGUGUUGCGUGCUGAAGAGAACACAGCGCAGAGAGCACCUCGGCUACCUCUGGACUGUCUGCGAAACGGGCACAGGGCGCAGCACUGGCCGAUCCCAGUGGCUUGCAUCCUUCCUGUCAUGCCUUACCUGAGAUUCCUCUUUCCAGACUGUGGCUACGCUAGAUCGGAUUUGAGAGCAGGGCCCAGGGUCCAUUCAUGGGGCGCUAUCGUCUGGGACCUGUGCCAUUACCGAUCGUUGGCAGGUGAGUGGUUCGCUUGCGUCUGCUCUGUGUUGGUGUUUU